AUGCGUGGGUUACACGUAUGGUUGGUGGCGGUGUGGUGUGUGGCGCAAGCGUUGGCGGGGUACCUGCUGCCGGGAGACGUGGCUCCGCGCCAUUACCACCUGAAGUACACCUUCGACAUCGACCCUAGCACCAAUUUCAGUUUCUAUGGUGUUGUGGAGAUAGAGCUGUACGUAAGAAGACCUACAAAUGAAAUAGUACUACAUGCCAAGGACUUUACAGUACCGGAGGACAUGAUAAAAAUCAGCGGGCCUCAGGACCUGAAAACCACGGGAGCGAAGGUCAAUGAAACUUACAGUAUGCUGACGAUCUCAACUAGCAGCACGAUGAGAGAAGGAGAGAACUACACAGUGAUAAUACCGUUUUAUGGAAAUCUGAAGCCAGGGUUGGACGGAGCAUAUAUCAGCACAUAUGUCAAUAAGCAAACUAAACUUAGAGAAUAUUUAAUAGCUACACAAUUCGAAGCGAUAUCUGCUCGCAAAGGGUUCCCAUGCUUCGAUGAACCCAUGUACAAAGCGACCUUCACGAUCACCCUUGGACACCAUAAAGACUUCACGGCGAUAUCCAAUAUGCCACAGGAAAGCUCCACGACAGAUAAUGCCCUUGAAGAAUACUUCCCUUGGAGUGAAAUAGGAAAGACGUUCCUGAAGAAACAGUCGGAAUUCGUGUGGAACUCAUACGAGAAGUCAGUUCCGAUGUCAACUUACCUUGUGGCUUUCGUCAUCUCCAAGUUCUCUUACACGGAGAGUCCGCAGGGUUUAUCCACCACCAAGUUCAAAAUUUGGGCCAGAAACGAUGCUUUGGAUCAAACUACGUACGCAUCAAUCACGGGCCCGAAGGCUCUGUCAUACUUUGAGGAGUGGUUCAACGUGUCCUUCCCUCUGCCGAAGCAAGACAUGAUCGCCAUUCCUGACUUCGGAGCUGGGGCCAUGGAGAACUGGGGUCUCAUCACGUACAGGGAGACGGAGCUGCUCUACGAUGAGAAGCAAUCGUCUUUCUUGAACAAGGAGAGAGUUGCUGAGGUCAUAGCCCACGAGCUGGCUCACCAGUGGUUCGGUAACUUAGUCACCAUGAAGUGGUGGUCGGAUCUGUGGCUCAACGAGGGCUUCGCCACCUUCGCGGCGUCGGUGGCAGUCAACAAGGUGGAGCCGACCUGGCAUGCUGACAGGAGUUACGCCGUCGACAGCAUUAUGGCAGUACUUAAUCUUGAUGCCCUGGAGUCUUCUCAUCCUGUAUCAGCCGUCAUUGACGAUCCGAAGCGUAUCUCGGAGAUCUUCGACGAGAUCUCCUACAGAAAGGGCUCCGCUCUCAUCAGGAUGAUGACCAUGUUCCUCGGCGAUGAUGUGUUCAGGAGGGCCAUCAAGAACUACCUGGUCAAAUACUCGUACAGCAACGCCGAACAAGAUGACUUGUGGAGAGAGUUGACGGCCGUCAGCCAACAAUACAAAGUGCUCACUCGCAACGUGACCGUGAAGGAGAUCAUGGACACGUGGACCACACAGACCGGGUACCCCAUACUGACGGUCACCAGAGACUACACGGAUAAGUCGCUAACUAUUACACAGUUGAGUCAAUAUAUUGGUGCUCAACGGGAAUCGAACAUGAAACGCUACUUCGCCUUGACGUCGAAGAGUGUAACGAGCACGUCGUGGUGGGUGCCGCUGUCGGUGGUGUGCGAGCCCGAAGUGGGGGCCCCCCCCUCGCCGCUGCAGUGGCUCGGCGCCCACGAGGGCGUCGACCAGGAGUACAGGUUCGAGCACGGCUCCGAACCCAACCAGUGGCUCCUGUUCAACCCUGAUAUGAUUGGUCUGUACCGCGUGAACUACGACGCGCGCAACUGGGAGCUCCUGUCGCGCGCGCUGCGCGGCGCGCGGGCCGGCGCCGUGCCGCUGCUCGGGCGCGUGCAGCUCAUGGCCGACGUCUUCGCGCUCGCCUGGACCAACUACAUCGACUACUCCACCGCUUUCGGCAUGGCCAGCUACCUGCAGCGAGAGCGUGACUUCCUCCCUCUGUCUACUGCCCUCAGAGGCCUCGCUAAAAUAGAGAACGUGCUCAAACGUACUCCAGAUUAUGGAGCCUUCCAGAAGUUUGUGAGGAAGCUCAUCGGGGAGACGUAUGAGAGGGCGGGGGGUCUCUCUCAGAAGAGGAUCAUUAAUGCACAGGAUCUCAACAGCGUUAAGAUGCAGGUCACUACCAGUGCGUGGGCGUGUCGUAUGAAGGUCCCCGGCUGCGAGGAGAAUGCGGUGGAGCUGUUCCAGAAGUGGAUGGACACUCCUAACCCUGACGAAAACAACCCCAUCCCGCUGGACCUGCGGCGCACGGUGUACUGCGUGGGCGUGUCGCGCGGCUCGGUGGUGCAGUGGCGCUUCGCCCUCGCGCGGCAGCAGCGCGCCAACGUGGCCGCCGCGCGCGACGCGCUGCUGCACGCGCUCACCUGCACGCGCGAGCUCUGGAUCCUGGCGCAAUAUCUUGAAUGGACGGUGAGCGAAGGGCCCGAGGUUCGCAAGCAAGACGCGGGCGCCAUCAUCAGCAACAUCAUCCGCUCCACCGUCGGGUACUACGUCGCCAAGGACUUCAUCUACGAGAGGAUCGCGGACAUACAUAACACAUUCAAAGGGCAGGGUCGUCGUGUUGGAUACAUCAUCAAGGGUUUACUGGAUCAGUUCACUACACAGAGGGAACUCGAUGAGUUCCUAGAGUGGCGUAAGAAGAAUCAGCAGUACCUACAGGACUACAAACUAUCCGUGGAACAGGCCAUCGAGAAGGCCAAGGUGAACAUUGACUGGAUCACAAAGAAUAGAAAGAAUGUCGUUGAAAAACUUCGGGAGUAUUCCGUGUAA